AUGACGUCACUCGUGUUGUUGAACUUGUCGGCGCUCAACGUUCAGGGCCGAUCCUUGUCGCCGAGAUAAUAAUCCUUGUUUUCUGAGUGCGUGGCUUCCUGACGUGUGUGUGGAGGCGUGUGGCAGUGUGUGCGUGGCUGUCACUCCGCGGAAAGCAAGAUCAUGGCACCCCCUAGACUGUCUCGGUACGCCUGGUGGCCCUUGCGAGCGGUGGAUGUGGUCAGCGAGGCCCUCACAGCCCCCCUUGUUCACAGCCUGUCCCACGCAGCCGCCUUCUACAUACUUACCACGCACGAUGAUGUCUCCACGCCUGUCUUGUUUUUCAGGUACGCAGUUGUUGGUCCAAUCCUCUUCAUCCUCGCUCUCCUCGCCCUCCUCCCUGGGCUCGUCGGAUGGGUCAUGUGGGCCGCGCUGAACACCUGGGCAUCCCACCUCAUCCAGCCAUUCACCUACCAUGCACCUGGUCACCCACACAGUCAUCCAGGCGGUCGAGUCACCAUUUCAUCCGCCAAUGUUCUGCUGUGUCCGGAGGCAGUGGCCAGAUUCAACAAUUGCCCCAACACGUCCUGGCGGCUGAAGGAGGUCUCCCGGCGGAUGUUACGUCAGGACAAGGGCCUCAACCAACACCCUAACCUGAAGCCACCUGUGAAGAGGGAGAAUGUGUUGGUUAAUCAGUUCCCCGAGGUCGACAUCUUCAUGCUCCAAGAGGUGCUGGAGCGGUGGGCGGGCCGGGCAAUGGUGAAGGCCCUGCAGGACACAUACCCUUAUUGUGUGUAUGAUGUUGGCAUCCACUCCAGGCACACCAACCUCUUCAUGUGUGGCAGUGGUCUCUUCCUGGCGUCCAAGUUCCCUGUGCUGGACUGUUCCUUCCACCCCUAUACGUACCAUUCCCACUAUGGCACACUGGUGGGCCUGGGGGUGCUGCUGGCGAAGCUUGACCUGGGCAUGGUGGUGAGGGGGGGGAAGGAGGUGCGGGCGGUGGGUUAUGUCGCCAAUACACACACACAGGCCUACCAGGGGGGCAAGAACAUAGUGAGUCAGCAGCUUACAGAGGCCGCUUCCGUGUACGAGAAAUUCGUACACGAGACUCACGACACGCACACGGAGACGCUCAUGUUCGCCGUCCUCGGAGGAGACUUCAAUGUGGAUAAUAUGUCCGAGGGUGACCGCGACAGCCAGCACCUGCCACUGUGGGAUGAGUUUAUUGACCCGUGCCGCGCCGGUGCUGGGCGUGACAGGACCUGGUCGCUGGGCACUGAGCACAGGCAGAAGAUGCUGAGCCACCCUGCACUGACCCACCCGUCCACCUUCAGAACUGUGCUGCUGGACGAUGUGCUGAGACGACACUUUAUUCUGGACGCGGACGUGAAGGUCCACACACUAGAGCUAAUGCGGGUCAAGCCUCAGCCCGACAGUGAGGGGAGGAAGAAGAAGAAUUGA